AUGGCAAAAUAUUUGAGAAUUUUAAUAUCACUUGCAAUCAUGUCCUUAUUUCUAUACAUGUUGAAUGGCGCUAUGUUAAUAGAAAGGCAGAAUGGAAAUAGUUCUCAACUCCACGUUCGUAGCCCACAAAACGGAGCUGUUUGUGGUUCGAUAAACUGUCCAGAGAACCAAACUUGUUGUGGUGAUAAAUGUUGUAAUCCGAUACAGACAUGUACUCUUGGCAAUAAAGGCCCUAAUUGUUGUGAUCCGAAUAUAAUUGGAAUCACUAAUUAUAUUUUUGAUUUAUCUAGCGAGAAAGAUGCUCUUUUGUAG